CCCGGGUCUGCCCAGGAUUGGGGAGCAGCAGCUGCAGGCAUGGCUGCCAUCUACUCAGGGAUCCACCUGAAGCUGAAGAGCCCGCACACUCCAUGGGAGGACCGCCUGAAGCUGGCACGCUUUGCCUGGAUCUCCUCUCAGUGCCUAAUGCCCAACAAAGAACAGGUGUUGUUGGACUGGGUCACCCAUGCCCUCGCAGGCUGGCACAGUAAAAAGGUGGAGUUCUCACAAGACGUGUUGGAAGGCUUGUGGCGCUACCUUGAUGACGUGCUCCACAGCCGGAAACUCCAAGCUUUCCUCAAGCAGGGAAAAACCAUCACUCUGAGGCUCAGCAUUGCACAGUUGCUGGUUGACCACCUGCAAGAGUCUGCACAUGGUCGGCCACCCAUAUCUGUGUCCACCCUGCUGAGCGUGUGUCAGGGCGUUCUGUCUUCUCCUGCACUCUCGUCAGUUUUUACCACAAAGUAUGAUCUUAUGGUAAAUCUGCUGGCCAAAUUCUGCUUGUUGGCUUGCUAUGACAUGCAAAAGCCAAAUAUCACAGAACAGCAAGUAACAGUUACUUUCACAUCUCCAUCUGAUCAGCCAGAAAAGCCACAGAGACACUCUCUUUCCACUCAUUUAUUUGAGGUGUUGCUUCAGGUGCUGUCGUGUUAUUUGUCAGUGCAGCGACAACAAGCCAACCCCAACAGAGUAUUUACUGUGGUAACUAACCACCUCGUCCAACCUCUAGUGCUGCUCAGACACCUGCUGACAUCUCAGGAAAGUGUAUCCUCAAACGUACACCAGCUCGUCCGUCAACAGCUGCGGAAGGACAUCCGCACGAAGGUAGACUCCAUCCUUCAGCUAGCUCUCUUCCCCUCAGAGCACCUGACCUCAUACAAGGCUGAGCUUUUCCCCUCUCGUGAGGAUGCUGGGAAACGUGGCUCUGCGGUGACAAAAGGGCCUCUGAAGCCAGUGAAUGCCUUACUUUGCAAACUGACUUCUCCAGACUACUGUGACUCGUCACUGCACUACUCUGUGAAGUCUGACGCAUUGUCUCUGCUUUUAAAGUUUUUUCUGGAAAGCUAUGGGAAAGGAAAGGGAGAACGGGAAGAGGAGCAGAGGAUGCUGUGUUUUUAUUUUCUUGUCAGACUGGUCCCGGCUUUAGGUCUCAAUCCUGAGGGAGACUCAGUCAAACCUACUGUAGCGCAGCCGCAGGACUCCAGUAUCCCUGAGCAGAAAUCUCCUCCAGCCUCCUUGUGCUCCCCGGAGAGCUGGAACACGGCUCUGAAGGCGCUGGAGUCCCUGCUAAACCAGGCUCUGUCAGCAGAUAUUUAUAAUGUAGCUGCAGACAGGAUACGGCACCAGGAGGUCCAGUUCAACUUUUACAGAGCCCUGAGACAAAUUCUCUUCAACGAGGCCCAGCCAAGCAUACCAGCAUGGUACCGCUGUUUAAAGGUGCUUUUGAAUCUCAAUCACCUGAUUCUUGAACCAGACUUGGAUCAGCUUUUGUCCUCAUCUUGGGUAAAUGCCGAAGACAUGGAGGCCCAAGUCCAACGAGCCAGACAGCUCUUGGUGUGUAGUCUAUUGCAGACCUACACUAAGCUCCGUCAGCUGCCUCAUCUCUUCUCUGUGCUGCUGUCUGUGAUCUGUCAACCAGCUCUGGACGACCGCCGACCUCGUCUCCUCUCUGAGGGCGUCGCUGCUUCCCUCAGGACUUGUCUUCUGGACUCUCCCCCAUCCCAAGUUCUAGAUAUUUGCUCAUCAGCGUUGAAGAGCAUCAAAACGUAUAUACUACCUGACCUGGGGAAGGAGGAAGGAGAGGAGGAGGAGAUGGAGAUUGAUGGACAACACGAGGGUCAAAGGAGAGAAGAUGCAUCUUUGAAACUCUUCUCACUCAGUCAACUGCUCCAUGUUGUUUUGUUCAGUCUGAAGACUCUGGAAAAUGCCUCUCCUAUUCUCUUAGUCAGACGGAGCACAGGCUUCAUGGAGGAGAUGCAGCAGACGGUCAAGGACUUACUACACCUGUUGCCACCAGAGCCAACUUCUUUGAAGCAAAAUGUGUGUUCGGUUCAAAAGACUCCAAGGAAAGGCAAAAAGAAACUGGACCCAGAUGGAUCCAAAAAGGUUUCAGAGUUAAAAGUAGAAGCACACUGGGAACAGAAGACCCUGGAGGCUGCUCUUCUGCUCAGAUACACGUGGGUGGAAGUGGACACGUUGUUCCACAUCUACUGCAGUAAAUAUACAUCCGUUGACUCAUAUCUGACUCCACCUGCAACCGAAACCGAAGCCUCCUCUACUUCUCCAGUUCUAUCCCACAUAGAAAGUCUUGUAUCAGGUGCAGUUUUGCCAACAUGUUUCCGUCACCCCCCCUCCCGCAGCCCCAUGAGCUCUUUGCUGCUCAGACUCCUCACUUUACAGCAGAUGAAGAAGGUUCUGUUAGAUGACGCUUUACUCCACGAAUCCUGCACCGCAGCGCUGCUGAAAAGGGCGGUUGAGUUUAUUUUAGCGCGGUCAGAACUGGAGGCGAGACUGGACGAAGAGCAGGUGUGGGAUGGGCAGAUGACCAGCGUGAAUGCCAGCAGCAUUCUUGUUGCACACUGGUAUGUGGUCACGUCCAAUUUGCCUUUGAUUGUUCCCUACAUGAGCGAAGAGGGCAUUGGCCACAUAGCACACGUUCUUGUCAGUUCUUUGCUGAUCAAACAGAAAGAAAAAUCAAAGAAUCAGCCGCCGGUCUGUCUGACACUCCCCCUCAUAUCUUCACAGCUUAUCCAGAGCCCGGUGCUCGUGGAGAUGCCGUCAUUGUUCUCUGCCACAGUCCGCUCCCUCACACAAAGGAUUGUUGAUAUCCUCAAGGAAGAACAUGCUCUCACUGUUCGCCCCAAGUUUCUGGGAGUUCACAAGGAAGAGACUAGAACUAUUCCUUCAGGGAUGACGGCGGCCGUAGUUGAGGAUAUUUUGGAGUUUUCUAAAACUGAAGCGGAACAUGUGCCGCUGACGGACAGACAAACCAAGGAGCUUGGAAACCUGUUCCAACUCUUAACAAACAUUAACCCGGAUGGGAUGAACUCUGAGGAUUUCUCGUCCAUUUUCCUCCUGCUCUUCUUCGUCUUUACCUCCACCUCCAGAAAGCUGGAGCCUCCAGAAUGUGGAGGGGACGCUCUGUUCCUGGGGCAGCUGCUCCAGGUGCUUUCACAUCUCAUGGAGGGUAGGAGUUUCCCAAGUGUUCUGAAGCUAAUCCACAGCGGCACUCUGCUGCAGACCGCUGUGUCGUCUCUCCUUAAUCAUGGAGCAAAGCCUCAAGCCUCAUGCAGCACUGACUGGCUGGAUUUAGUCAAAGCCACACAGGGCUUCAUACAAUCCUUGGUCCAGCUCACUAUAGUCAGAAACAGCAGUGUGAGACUCAACCUGGACCAGUUUGCGUCUUAUCUCACCAGUGACGAAAUGUCAAGCAGGUAUAUUGCGUCAUCUAGUUCUGGGGCAUCCCUGCCAUCUAUUCAUCUUCUGCUCGGAUCUCUUACUUCCUUCUCCCAGGCAAUGACCGACCAUUUAGGAAGAAGCAAGCUCAUGGAUAAAACUUUAACCCAAAUGCUCACAAGAACAACUGCUGCCCUAGCCCCAGCUCUUGAGUGUGUCCUAAAGCUGCUGGCAUCAUGUGAGGCAGGCGCUGAGCCGGCCGAGCUUCCCAGUCAGGCUUUUGUCAUGGAAGUUAUUACCGUCAUGCUGGACUGUGAACUGGCCUCACUGUCGGUGGACGAUGAGAGUAAGGAGAGUGGCACCCAGCUUGUCCUCACUCAUAAGACCAUUUAUCGGGCCUUUUACCAACAGAUUCUUAGGGAAGUAAGCUCCGCCCCCAGGCCCAUGGACUCCUUGGGCUCCUCUCUCCAUUUCUUGUCUGCAUUUUACACAUUGCUGGAGAAAACGAUGGAGCCAGGAAAGGACAAAGAGGGAGUAAACGAGCUGGACGAGGUGUAUGUUCAGAUUCUGCAGAGGGUGCACACACUGCUGGCUGCUCCUUGGCUGUCAUCUGCUGAUGUUGGAGAGCUGGAGCCAGCAGUGCAGCAGCUGCUGCACCACCUGGUUGAGAAAUGUACUACAAGUCGCUUCAACCUGCUUCUGUUGAUGAUCAAAGAAGGACUGGAUAUUAGCAAGCUGAGGGCAGGAAACUACAGGGAGGUGCUAUCUGCAGUAAUCACCGUUAAGCUGUUGUCCUGUUGUCAGCUACCAGAGGGCUGCUCUAAAGCUCUGUGGUUCAUGACGCCGCAGAUCAUUUCUGCUAUGGUGUCUUUGGUAAGGUCGUCCAGUCAGGACUCCUCUCUGAGCCUGACCUUUACUGUUCCCACCGUGACGUCAAUGACAUGGCUGCUGCGUAACGGGGAGGGCUUCUUCACCAACCCUCAUCAUGUAAUCCUCAUCCUUGGGGCGCUGCAGUCGCUGCCCCUCGACCGCCUGAGCCCCCCCGAUUACCACACGGUGUUCCUGGCCGUUCACGAGGCGCUGUUCGCCAUCAUCCAGUGUCAAACUCAGGUGCUAUUGAAAGCUGCUCCGUCCUUCCUAAAUGUCCUCCAUCGUCUGGUGGUGUCCAUCAUGCUGGAGGGUCGGCAGAGAGGAGACAGCGACUCAGGUGCAGACGCCGACGUGUACUUGCAGUGCUCCGGUCUGAUAAAGAGGAUGUACUCUCACAUCGCAGCGACAGCUGAGAGCUUCACUGCUCUGUCGGCCUUUAUGGUGGCUCAGUACGUCACGGAGCUGCAGAAGGUUACCCUGCGACCAGAGGUGAAGCUGAAUCUGACUGAGGGCAUCUACUGCAUACUCGACCUGUGCAUGGAGCAGGAUAUUAAGUUUCUGAAGGCCGGGCUUCACGUGGGAGUCAGAGAGGUGUUCAACGAUCUGUACAGCAGCUACACCAACUACCACACAACACAGAGACAAGGAGAGGACAAGUACACCGUCUGAUCUGCAAAUGUCUUUUAGGU